UUGUCCACUCAUUUUCCUACUUUAUCACUUAGCUUCCACAAACCAUUAAUAAUUAAGUCCCCUUCUCCUUUCUCUCUUCAUAAAAUUUCCCCUCCGAUCCCCAUCUCUCAGCUUCCAUCAUUCCCCAGUUCACAUAAUAUUUCAUCUUACCAAACUCAAAAUGAGAAAAGUGGUAUUGAAAUUGGAAUUGCAUGGUGAUAGAGAAAAGCAAAAAGCCUUGAAAUCAGUAUCUGUUCUUCAAGGAAUUGAAUUAAUCGCCAUGGACAUGAAAGACAAAAAGUUAACAGUGAUUGGAGAUGUAGACCCAGUUGAUGUGGUUGGGAAGGUCCGUAAACAUUGGCCGGACGCCGACAUCGUCAGCAUCGGCCCCGCGAAGGAAGAGAAGAAGGAAGAGCAAAAGAAUCAAAAUAAUGAUCAAAAGAUGGAAGAGCUACUUAAAUUAUACAAAAGCUAUGAUAAUCAUCAUGCUUCUGCUGUUAACUAUGAUGUGUAUAGUGAUCAUUUGGAGGAGAAUUCUAACUCUUGUGUCAUAAGUUAGAAUUUAACUCAGAGAGUAUAUAGUUCAAACUAGUUAGUAUGUUAUGUACUCUUUUGAAGUUAAAAGUAGAACAAGAAUGCUCUCAAUUUCACAUAUUGUUAAACUGCAUAAUUAUUAGGUUAAGCUAUGUUUUAUUUUUAAUUUGAAGGUUUAAAUAUAGUGAUUCU